CGGUUGGGUGUCAACGGAACCUGCCUAACGGUGACCGAAUUCGACACCGUUUCGUCCGAAUUCUCGGUUGGGUUGGCGCCGGAGACGCUGCGGAAGACCUCUCUGGGCGAAUUGGAGAGUGGGUCUUUGGUCAAUUUGGAGAGGGCGCUGAGCCCUAGCACCAGAAUGGGGGGACAUUUUGUGCAGGGGCAUGUCGAUGGGACCGGAGAAAUCGUGGAGUUGAGGCCGGAGGGAGACUCACUGUGGGUGAAAGUGAAGGUUGGGAGGGAGAUUUUGAGGUACAUUGUGCCUAAGGGGUUUAUUGCUGUGGAUGGGACAAGUUUGACUGUGGUGGAUGUGUUUGAUGAUGAAGGGUGUUUCAAUUUCAUGUUGGUGGCUUACACACAGCAGAAAGUUGUGAUUGCUUUGAAGAAAGUUGGGCAGAAGGUGAAUUUGGAGGUUGAUAUUUUGGGGAAGUAUGUGGAGAGACUGCUUGGGAGCGGAUUUGUGGAUUCAUUCAAAUCAUCUUGAAGUAAUCUUAUGGUGGUUACCUUGAUAUAUCCUACUUUGUCAGUGCAAUGCCAUUGCCUUAUUCUAACACAUCCAUUAGAAAAAUCAGACGAAUCCCAGUCUACCUCAACUCGUGGUUUGAACCCACUCAAACACCUACACGCUGGUGAGUGAUUGGUAUUACACAUUGUAUUGGGCCCACACAUGGCAUAUGCUCCACAGGAAUACAGCUUCACCAUUAGCAGAUCCCAGGCCUGCCUGACCUCCAGCCACUGAAACAGCUCCAUUCUGCCGCGAUGAUCAAUCAGAAUUCUAGAUAGCACAGACUUAUUAUAAUAUGUCGCAUAUACAUCUCCAUCGCGUGCAAGGUAUAUCCAACACUGGUGGGACCCUUGCUGCUAUGACCGGAACAGUUGGCGCUGGGUUUUUCGUGGAACUAGCAGGCUCCUUCAAAGGAUUUUUAUUGCUCUCAUCAUUCCUGUAUUUCUCUGCAGCAGUAUUCUACAAUGUCUACUCUACUGGAGAAAGAGUCAAUUUUGAUGAAACUUGUGCUUAGCAAUUAUCAGCUUUUAAAAGCUCCCCUUGUUUAGCCAUCUAGUUGUGUGUGUGAUCUGGAAGGGCAAUACAGUUAACGAAUACAUUUCACUAUAGGCAUACUUAGUCUAUAACAGAGGCGAGAAAUGAUUGUAAAUAACAGAAAGUUUGGCUAUUAUUGCCAUGUAAAAAAGUCAUUAACAUGUUCGACAAA